AUGGCCGACAGCAGUGAGAUGGACGAGCUCCAGCCCUCCAUCGAAUUUCUACGCCUGCGCUGGCAAAUCACCGACGGCCUAGCGUUCGCCUGCGUGCAUGCCAUCGCAGACCCCGAGGACGCCUCCUCCGCACAGCAACCGCUGCAAGCCGCCGACGGCACCUUCCACGAGAUCGCCGGCGCGCCGUGCAGCGACCCGCCGACCGCGCGCCUCACGCUCCAGAUGGAGGAGGCGACGUACCUCGGCGUCGACGGGGACGUGAGCUCCCCCGACGCCACCGCCGCACGGCUUGAGAUCGCCGCCGCGCCGGGGGAGGACCAUGUCACGAUCCGGCAGUACGUGACGAGCGCGCACGCGUGGCUGCUGGCGCAGCGGCAGAAGCACUUUGAGGGGUACGGGUACUCGGCGGACGGGGGGCAGCAGGCGCUGCCGGCGGAGGCGGAGCUCUGGUUCGACCCGUCGUCGCCCAACGUGAUCAACUUCUUCGACUCGGUCGAGUCGGAGCCGCCGUUUGCGUUUGAGUGGGGGCUGGUAUCGGAUAUGGCGACGGGUAUCAUCCACGGGCACCCGGAGGAUGAGUCGGACUAUGGGGAUGGGGAGGAGGGCCCGAUUGAUCCGAUUGAGGAGCUGAAGUGA